AUGCCGCAAAAUAAUUCUUCCGACGUGGAAGCACAACCUGCGCAAUCAUCCUCGUUCUCCCAGCUAUGGAAGGAAUCAGUGGACCCCAAGCAUACCGACCUGGUCUGUCUACUGCUGUGUCUCGUCACUGGUCUCUGUGACAGCAGUGCCUACAAUGUCUGGUCAUGUUUCCUAGCGAUGCAGACCGGAAACACGAUCUUCCUCGGUCUCGGCGCCUCCAACCAACCUAGCAACAAGCCCUGGGGCUGGUUAAAGUCACUCAUGUCGAUAGCGGCCUUCUUCGUCGGGUCAUUUUUGUUCUCAAACAUCACGCGGCGCGUAGGGGCUACGCGCCGGGGUACGCUGUUCGUGUCGUUUAUGGUACAAGCGGUUCUGAUCAUUACAGCGGUGGCGUUGAUCGAAGCGGAUCUGACCCCGCACACGGCGGGGGAUAUUUCUCUAACAGGGGGACGGCUCUUCCUGGAGCUUAUUCCCAUUGCGUUGUUGGCGUUCCAGUCCGCUGGGUCCAUCACCUCCAGUCGGUCGCUGGGAUACAAUGAGAUUCCAACCGUUGUUCUGACCAGCGUGUACUUUGAUGUGGCGUCAGAUCCGAAGCUGGCGCAGGCGCCCAUGGCGAAUCCCAAGCGGAACCGCCGUAUCGGUGGCGUGGUUUGUCUCCUGGUUGGUGCGAUCAUGGGCGGAUGGCUGAGUCGCAGCCGUGGAGAGAUGCAGUCGGCGCUGUGGAUAGCGGCAGGAUUCAAGUUUGUGACUGGACUGGGAUGGCUGUUGUGGAAGGGAAAGCCGACGACGUUAUAG